GUUAGUAUUUACCAUAUUCUUCUCUAUUCCUCUUACACGCUUAUUAUUCAAAAAAAAAACCUCGCCCUUCACGUUCCUUUUCUCAUCUUUCCAUAAUGACGGAGACCAUCAAGUGGAAGAACGCGACGAUUCAGGACGAGGUCGUCCCGAAGCAAAGCGAGAUCAAGCUGCCCGAUGACCUCGCGGAGCUCAUCUACAUGGCGAAGCUCGCGGAGGAGGCGGAGCGCUUCGAUGAGAUGCUACUGUGCAUCCGCAAGUACGUGAAGCUGAACAGCGAGCUCGACACGGAGGAGCGCAACCUGCUCUCGGUGGCCUACAAGAACGUCAUCACACCGCGCCGUAACGCGUGGCGCGUGAUCACAACGAUCGAGAGCCGUGAGAACGCCAAGGAGAACACCGCGACGAUCCCGCUGGUGGUGAACAUGCGCAAGGAGUUAGAGGCGGAGCUGUCCCCGCUGUGCGACGACCUGCUCAGUCUGCUCGACACCUACCUGAUCCCCGCGGCGCAGGGUGGUGAGGCGAAGGUGUUCUACCUCAAGAUGAAGGGCGACUACCACCGCUACUACGCCGAGAUCGACUCCGGUGAUGGCCAGAAGCUGGCUGCCCUCGACGCCUACCAGAAGGCGACGGAUGUGGCCAACUCGUCCCUUGCUCCGACGCACCCCAUUCGUCUCGGUCUGGCGCUGAAUUUCUCCGUCUUCUACUACGAGAUCAUGAAGGAGCACGAGAAAGGCUUCCAGCUGGCUCGCCAGGCCUACGACGAGGCCGUGACGGAGCUGGAGACGCUCGACGACGAGGCCUACCACGAGUCGAACACGAUCGUGCGUCUCCUCCGCGAGAACCUCAACCUGUGGACCGACGACCAGCUCUAA